CCUCAACAUCUUCUAUAAAACAUCUUCAACUCUGGUACAAUUCCCUGUGUGUCAUAGCAAAGUGGUUAAUUUAUCAAGUUGUACAAUUCUGUCUUCCAACAUGCUGCCUCUUGUGCGUCCCGUAUCCGCCACGAGCGCCACCAUCGACAAAGGAUCAGCCGCGCCUUAUCGGCGAUUUAAGGAGCGAUACUACUUGAGCGAACUGGUGCAAGAUAUUAAACAACAUCUGGGCCACUCUGGGGGCAUUUCAUCCGAAGAUGUUGACUCGAACUAUCUGCGGUCUUUGCUGGAGAAGUACAUCUCCGAUCCGAGUGACUGGAUCCAGUAUUUCCACAACGACCGCAGCAAAAACUAUACACGCAACGCAAUUGAGAAUAUAAACCACAAGGCAAAUAUUCUUCUUCUAGUGUGGAACCCUGGAAAAGGAUCACCAAUUCACGACCACGCAAACGCACAUUGCAUUAUGAAGGUUCUCGCUGGAGAGCUACAUGAGACCGUGUACACAUCACCCGAUAAAAAACCUGGCAAAUCCAAGCCUCUGGAGAUUAAAUCCUCAACUACUUUUGGCAUGAAUGAGGUGACAUAUAUUUCUGAUGAUAUCGGGCUACAUCGGGUUCACAACCCAAGCAGCGACCAGGUGGCUGUUUCGCUACACUUGUAUACACCUCCAAAUGCAGCUGACUAUGGCUAUCACAUUUUUGAUGAAGCGACGGGGUCUGCAAGCCACGUACCGCAGGCUCGCUCAUAUUUGAAGCCACAGGAGAAUUAGCCGCGAUGAUGGUUGCAGCAUAGAGCAUUUCGGGUUUUAUAUUUUUCUUGGGCUCAAGCUCUUGCGAGCAGGGGCGUUCGCGAGGAAGGUUUUAGCAUAGUUUUGUGUUUUCAUCGCCACGAUAUCCCCAUCUGCGUGUCCCAGCUUCGGAUGUGUUUUUCUUUUGAAUGUAAAAGAUGUUCCACAGAUUGUAUUCACUUUUUUCAAACAUCUAGACAGUUUUCACCUUAGAAGUUUAAUAAAUCCUCUCC